AUGUACCAGAUGCAAAGUAUAAUGAAGGCUCUUCGUUCUACAAAGCAAGCAUAUCAUUGGUUUGAAAACCAACAGACAAAAGAACUUUUAGAAGAAUUUCCUCAUAUGAUUGCUUCCCUCGGAAAACCGAGGGAAGAGAUUCCAUUCGAAAAUCGCAAGAAUUUGGCUCCUUGUUUGAAAGGUUAUUAUGUUCAUAGACUUUUAGUAAACGCUGUAUCAAUGUGGGCUUCACCUCGUUAUGCUUGUUAUAUUUUCAUGAUAUUAGAUGAACUAUAUAAAGCAGAACGUGAAGAUAUGGAAAUGAAACUUCAAGCAAAAGAUGAAGUCAUUGAAUCCAAAGACAAAAGCAUACAGAAAAGAAUACCACGUUCAGUACCAAAAGGAAAGGAAAAGAGUUAUAAGUAUAUGAUAUAUACUGAAGAGUUGGAGAAAGAAGAAGACAGUGACAUGGCUAUGUUGCAUUUAGUCAGAAGAAACAACAAAAGCUUUUACGACCUUGUUAAGAUUUACAAAUCUGACAGAAAUUGGUUCUAUCGUGAAAACUUACCGAUUUCAAUGACACCGAAUGAAGAUGUGAAACAAAUAGUUCAAGAUACGUUACCUCAAACACACUAUGACAUCAAAGGUUGCACAAUACUUACAUUCAAAGAAGACUUAACAUUACUGAAAGAAAAGAUAACAGAAUAUUUCGACAACUUCAAAGAGGAAGAAUGA